AUUUGAUCAAAUUCUAGAAUCUGGGGUCUUCUCGAUACCUUUGAAUCACAUCUUUGAUCCAAAUCGAAUUUGGUGUUUUGCUUUUCCUCUCGAAUUCUCAUUUCUCAAAGUCUCACACCACCUAUGAAAGAAGACAUGGAAGUAUUAUCGCUCGCUUCACUACCGGUAGGGUUCAGAUUCAGUCCAACGGACGAAGAGUUAGUCCGGUACUAUCUCCGACUCAAGAUCAACGGUCACGAUGACGACGUUAGAGUAAUCCGUGAGAUCGAUAUCUGCAAAUGGGAGCCUUGGGAUUUACCUGAUUUUUCUGUGGUGAAGACAAUAGACGCAGAGUGGCUCUUCUUUUGUCCAUUAGACCGGAAGUAUCCGAGUGGAAGUAGAAUGAAUCGAGCUACUGUGGCUGGUCGUGCUCCUAAAGGGACACGAACUUGUUGGAUUAUGCAUGAGUACCGCGCUACCGAGAAGGAUCUUGAUGGAACAAAGUCUGGCCAGAAUCCGUUUGUUGUUUGUAAGUUGUUUAAGAAGCAAGACAUUGUGAACAGAGCUGCGGCAGAGGAGUCGAAGUCAUGUGAGGUUGGACCAGCGGUCUCGUCUCCAACUGUUGUGGAUGAGAUGAAAUCUGAGGUUGAAAUGUCUGAGGUAUCUCCGGUUUUAGAAGACACAAAGCCUUGUGACGUCGCUGAAUCUUCUCUUGUAGUCUCCAGCGAAUGUCGUAGCGAAAACUCUGCCCCUGAGGUCACAACCACCGGGCUUGACGAUAUCGAUUGGCUCUCAUUUAUGGAGUUUGAUUCCGUGAAUCAGAAUCUGUUCUCUCCGUUGCCCUCUCAGGUGCAAUCUGAGCUUUGUUCCUCUUUCAAUGGUUUUCAAUCUGGAACAAGCCAACUGUUCAUUGAGGAUCACAUUCAGACUCAGUAUGGUACAAAUGAUGCCGAUGAAUAUAUGUCCAAGUUCUUGGAUUCUCUUCUUGAGAUACCCUAUGAGCUUCCACGGAGGAAAGAGUUCGUGCAACAGACGCCAGAACACAUCACAUACGAGCCACAGAAUUUUAGCACAUGCAACAAAAUCAAUGAUGUAACUGAGACAGGAAUUAAGAUUAGAUCUCGACGAGCACAAGCCCCGGGUUAUGCUGAGCAGUUUGUAAUGCAGGGCGAUGCCUCAAGAAGGUUGCGUCUUCAGGUUAACCUUAACACCCACAAGUCAGAAACUGACAGUACACAACUCCAAUGUAUCAAGAAAGAGGUUAAGGACACAACAAAGGAAACUAUAGCGAAAGGAUGUGGAAAUUUCACCAGAUCAAAGAGCAGGACUAGUUUCAUAUUCAGGAAAAUUGCAGCUAUGGGAUGUUCAUAUAGAGGACUUUUCAGAGCAGGCGUGGUAGCGGUUGUGUUUGUGAUGUCAGUUUGCAGUCUGGUCGCAUAAAUCCGCUGAAUGUGAUGUUUGUUCGACCCUUAGUAUGGUGAGAAUAAAGAGAGUGGUUUUUA